AAUUGAUCGAGCUUUAAAAGCCUAUUGCAUAUCCAUGGAAGAAAAAUGCAACAGAGAACCUGUGCCUCCUAUCCCGGAACUGCCUUCCACUAUGAACAGUGAGCUAAAACAACAGAGGGCAAACUAUCUCUUUAUGAAGAAGUGUGUGCAAGGUAAUCCCAUCGUUCCCAUUCAGCGCCAGUGGCUGAUGUCCAUGCUCUCAUUGGUGCCACAGUCACUUAUGGAAGGCAAAGGCAGAAAGCUGUUAGCUGAAAAGCUUCUAGAGGAGGUAAUGAAGGAAUAUGAAAAAAGCAUGAGAAGAUAUAUGGUGCGAAGUGUUCUUAUUAAACCAGACAUAAAAGGACUUGAAGAUGAAGAGGAGGCACCUUUGCCUUCAUCACCUGUAGGCCUGGAUUUUUCUAGUCCAUGGCGUAACAGUUUUAUCCAAGCAAAGAGUAAAAUCCUUUCCAAGUUGCACAUUCUCCACCCCACAAUGAAAUCGGUACUGGAUUUUGGUUAUGCAGCAUUCUUUAACUUUCUUAUAGUGGAUUUCUCAAGCUUCAGACUGAAAGAGCCAAUUGACUGUGAAUCUUUAAAGACUGAUGUCUCUUUAAGCUGUUCUAAAGUGGAAGAGAAAAUACUGAUCACAUGGUAUCAAAGAGUAAUCAAUCUCUUUACUCAGAAGGAGGCACUGAGUGGUGUAAAGUUGGAUCAGCUUGACUGUUUUUAUAACUGUGUGGCUGUUCUUAUGUCUAAUCAGGUGAAAGACUUAUUGACAAGAACGGUUGAAGCUUUUGUGAAACUUUUUGAUCCUGAGGACAGAAAUUGCCCACCUUUGUUUAAGAUGGAAUUGACUCUUGAUGACCAGAAAAUAGAGUUUUAUCCAAGCUUCCAAGACCUAGAAGAAGCAAUUCUGUUUAUAGUAAAUCGCAUAGGACAGACUCUCCAGAACAUCCAAACAGUACGUUCUUGGCUAAUGGGAGACACUACAACUCUGGACGCUGAGCUUCCUAAUCAUGUUUUAGAAUGGGCCACAUCUACACUGAAAAAACGUAUCAGAGACAACUUAGAGGGUCCAAAGAAAUAUUUUGAAAAAUAUGUUGAGAAGUAUGGCUGGCUUGUAGAUGGAACUGCACAGGCACGAGUAGACAGAUUUGAAGCAGAAGAACACAGUUUUGAGGACUAUACUGCUUUAAUAGAUGAAUUCUUUACCCACAAGAAGGAAAUCUUGAGUUUACCUGAGGUGGCUCAUUUCCCUAUGGUCUAUUUGAAUUCUGAGGAUUUAAAGCAAGGUUUGGCAAGUAACGCAGACGCCUUUGCAAAAGUGCUAAUGGAUAGAAUAGUUGCAAAUUACAGAGAGGAAAAUGAAAAGAUAUGCAGGGAAUUUGAAGCCAUUAAGGAACGUGCAUUAAAAGUUCCUGAGACAACAGAAGAAAUGGUGGCAACAGUAGCUUACAUAAAGAAUGUCAAAGCCAAAGAUACUAAGGACCUCUUGUUAAGGAUCAAGAAGUGCUCUCAGCAGUUGGAUUACUUCUUAGAUGUUUUUUUAUUUGCUCCUGAAGACAUUGCACUGAAUGCAACAGUUCAAUUAUGGCCAAAGAGGAUUGACCCUAUUUUUGAUGAGCAUGAUGAUCUGAUUGAAAAGUCUAAACGUAAAGGAGAGGAAGAACUAAUGCAGAAACAUGAGAAACUAGCGAUGGAAUUAGAAAAGCUGACGCAUUCUGUGGCAGAGUUUGAAGAGUAUUCAGAACUGCAUCGCAUGCAACAGUAUGUGGCUGAUGUGAGGAUGUUACAGAAACGCAUACAGGAGGCUGAUGAUACAAUAGCUAUAAUUAAUAAAGAAGAGACUCUGCUCGAAUGGAAAAUGAGUGAAUUUCCAGCCCUCAAAAUUUUAAAAACUGAGAUUGAACCAUAUCAGAAACUCUUUCAUCUUAUACUGAAAUGGCAACGAACAGAAAAAAGAUGGAUGGAUGGUACCUUUAUGGAACUAAAUGGGGAAAGCAUGGAGUCUGAGGCUGAUGACUUUUUUAGAGAGAUAUACAAAAUGUCAAGAUUCUUCCAACAAAAGCAGAAGAAAAUGCAACAAGAGAAGGAUAAGACAUCACAGCGCAAACCUGUAGAAGAAAAGAGAGGAGAAACAAAAGCAAAUCCAGCUAUUGCAAUGUGUACUUCUGUUCUGGAGCAAAUUAAAGAUUUUAAGGAAAACAUUCCCACUGUGACUAUCUUUUGUAAUCCCGGCAUGAAAGUUCGUCAUUGGCAGCAGAUGUCAAAUAUAGUAGGAUAUGAUUUAACACCAGACUCUGGAACUACCCUGAGAAAAGUUUUAAAGCAGAAUCUAGAACCUUAUUUGGAAACGUUUUCAACUAUAAGUGUAGCUGCAACCAAGGAAUUUUCCUUAGAGAAAGCAAUGCAUGCCAUGAUGGAAACCUGGGACUCGAUUUACUUCAGUACAAAUCUGUAUCGUGAUACUGGUGUUCAUAUUCUGUCUGCGGUGGAUGAGAUUCAAGCUAUUCUUGACGAUCAGAUUAUGAAAACUCAGACAAUGAGAGGAUCACCUUUCAUCAAAGCAUUUGACACAGAAAUCAGGGAAUGGGAAAGUCGCCUAAUUCAAAUUCAGGACAUUACUGAUGAAUGGCUGAAAGUUCAAGCACAGUGGCUGUAUUUGGAGCCCAUUUUUUCUUCUGAGGAUAUUAUGCAACAGAUGCCAGAAGAGGGUCGUCUCUUUCAGACUGUGGAUAGACACUGGAAAGAUAUUAUGAAGCAUUGUGCCAAAGACCCAAAGGUUCUCGUUGUUACUUCUUUGGUUGGAUUAUUGGAGAAGCUUCAGAACUCUAAUGAGCUUAUGGACAAAAUCAUGAAAGGGCUUAAUGCUUAUCUUGAGAAAAAACGUCUUUUCUUUCCCCGCUUCUUUUUCUUGUCUAAUGACGAAAUGUUGGAGAUCCUGUCGGAGACUAAGGAUCCUCUCAGAGUUCAGCCUCACUUGAAGAAGUGUUUUGAAGGCAUUGCUAAACUAGAUUUCCUUCCCAAUUUGGAUAUUAAAGCAAUGUAUAGUUCUGAAGGCGAGCGCGUGGAACUGAUUUCAAAUAUUUCUACUUCUGAAGCUCGAGGUGCAGUGGAGAAGUGGUUAAUUCAAGUAGAAGAUGUUAUGCUGAAGACUAUACAUGAUGUUAUUGCUAGAUCAAGAAUGGCAUAUAUAGAGACUGAGAGAAAAAGAUGGGUUCUGGAAUGGCCUGGACAAGUAGUAUUGUGUGUGUCUCAAAUGUUCUGGACAAGUGAGGUACAUGAAGUUCUUUGCAAUGGACCAGAGGGUUUAAAGGAUUAUUAUGACACACUUCAGCUUCAGCUUAAUGAUAUUGUAGAGCUGGUAAGAGGCAAAUUGUCAAAGCAAACAAGGACUACCCUGGGUGCCUUGGUUACUAUUGAUGUUCAUGCUAGAGAUGUCGUCGGGGAUAUGAUUGAAAGUGGCGUGACAUGUGAAACAGACUUCCAGUGGCUUGCACAACUAAGAUAUUAUUGGCAAUGUGAGAAUGCUCGUGUCUGCAUCAUUAAUUGCAAUGUCAAAUAUGCCUAUGAAUACCUCGGAAACUCACCACGCCUUGUCAUCACUCCUCUUACAGACAGGUGUUACCGCACCUUGAUUGGAGCCUUUUAUUUAAACCUUGGUGGUGCCCCAGAGGGUCCAGCCGGGACAGGCAAAACAGAGACUACCAAGGAUUUGGCUAAGGCUCUUGCUGUUCAAUGUGUUGUUUUCAACUGCUCUGAUGGCCUCGACUACCUGGCAAUGGGAAAGUUUUUCAAGGGUUUGGCUUCAUCAGGUGCAUGGGCAUGUUUUGAUGAAUUCAAUCGCAUUGAACUGGAAGUACUGUCUGUCGUAGCACAGCAGAUCCUGUGCAUCCAGAGAGCUAUACAGAUGAAGCUAGAAACAUUUAUUUUUGAAGGAACAGAACUGAAACUUAAUCCCAACUGUUUUGUAGCUAUUACUAUGAAUCCAGGCUAUGCAGGACGUUCUGAACUUCCAGAUAAUCUGAAGGUUCUUUUCCGAACAGUUGCCAUGAUGGUUCCGAACUAUGCUCUGAUAGCAGAAAUUUCACUCUAUUCAUAUGGAUUUUUUAAUGCUAAGUCACUGUCAGUGAAGAUAGUCAUGACCUACAGGCUUUGUUCAGAACAGCUUUCCUCUCAGUAUCACUAUGACUAUGGUAUGCGAGCAGUUAAAGCUGUGUUGGUGGCUGCUGGGAAUCUAAAACUCAAAUUUCCCACAGAAGAUGAAGAUAUACUGCUUCUGAGAUCAAUUAAGGAUGUGAAUGAGCCCAAGUUUUUGUCACAUGAUAUACCUCUGUUCAUGGGUAUAACUAGUGAUUUGUUUCCUGGAAUUGAGCUUCCUGAAGCAGACUAUGCUGAUUUUCUGGAAUGUGCCAACGAAUGUUGCAUUCGACAUAAUGCCCAACCUGUAAAAACUUUUUUAGAGAAAAUGAUACAGACAUAUGAAAUGAUGAUUGUUCGACAUGGCUUUAUGCUGGUAGGGGAACCUUUUUCUGGGAAGACCAAAAUUCUCCAUGUGUUGGCAGAUACACUGUCUCUUAUGAAAGAGCGUGGUUAUGGUGAAGAAGAAAAAGUAAUUUUUAGAACCGUGAAUCCAAAGUCAAUCACUAUGGGUCAGCUUUUUGGACAGUUUGAUUUGGUAUCCCAUGAGUGGACAGAUGGUAUAGUUGCUAACACUUUCCGAGAAUUUGCAUUAUCUGAGACUCCUGAACGCAAAUGGGUUAUCUUUGAUGGCCCAAUUGAUACUCUGUGGAUAGAAAGCAUGAACACAGUUUUGGAUGACAACAAAAAGCUUUGUUUGAUGAGUGGGGAAAUCAUUCAAAUGUCCCUUCAGAUGAGUCUUAUUUUUGAAACAAUGGAUCUUUCCCAGGCAUCACCUGCUACAGUCAGUCGUUGUGGCAUGAUUUAUUUGGAACCUUCUCAACUAGGCUGGAAGCCACUUGUUACAUCUUGGUUGAAUAAGCUGCCUGAACCUCUUAACUUAAAGGAACACCAAGAUCUUCUGCAGGGACUUUUUGAUUGGUUAAUACCACCAGCAUUAAGACUCCGUCAGAAACAGUGCAAGGAGCUGGUACCUACAAGCAGUAUCAAUGCUGUAGUAGCUCUUACACAGCUUUUAGAAAUGCUGAUUUGUAAAACUGUGCAAGACGAUCCCACCAACAGAAACAUCCGUACAUGGAUUAUGGGUUGCUUUGCUUUUGCCACAGUCUGGUCCAUUGGUGGAACUUGUGAUGGUGACAGCAGGAUAAUUUUUGAUAAUUUCUUGAGGGAAACUUUGGCUGGGAAAUCUGAAACAAAUCCUGUACCAGAGAGUGUGGGAAAAUGGGAGUGUUUCUUUGAAGAGAAAGGCUUGGUCUAUGACUACAUGUAUGAGUUGAAAGGCAGAGGAUCUUGGGUUCAUUGGAAUACUCUUAUUAAAAAUGCUAAUUUUGAUGAUAAAAAUGUGAAGAUUCAAGAUGUUAUAAUCCCAACUAUGGAUACAGUCCGAUACACCUUUUUGUUAGAGCUCUUCAUUGCCUAUGGAAAACCAUUGCUUUUAGUGGGACCAACAGGUACUGGGAAAUCUGUGUAUGUCAAGGACAAGUUAAUGCACAACUUGGAAAAGGAGCGCUACUUUCCCUUCUUCAUAAAUUUUUCAGCUCGAACCAGUGCCAAUCAGACCCAGAACAUUAUUAUGGCGAGGCUGGACAAGAGACGCAAAGGAGUCUUUGGCCCUCCAUUGGGAAAAAAGUGCAUUAUUUUUGUAGAUGAUAUGAAUAUGCCUGCUUUGGAGAAGUAUGGUGCACAACCUCCUAUAGAACUUUUAAGACAGUUCUUUGACCAUGGAUUUUGGUAUGAUUUAAAGGAUACAUCUAAACUUACACUUGUGGACAUACAGCUUCUUGCUGCUAUGGGGCCUCCAGGUGGUGGGAGGAAUCCUGUGACUCCUCGAUUUUUGCGACACUUCAAUGUCUGUGCUAUUAAUUCCUUUAGCGAUGAAACAAUGAUCCGCAUCUUCUCCACUGCAGUGGCCUUCUACCUGCGCAGCAAUGAGUUUCCUUCCGAGUACUUCUCAAUUGGAAAUCAAAUUGUCACUGCCACUUUAGAGGUGUAUAAGAAAGCCAUCAAAAAUCUUUUGCCCACACCAGCCAAAUCUCAUUAUACAUUCAACCUGCGUGACUUUGCACGUGUUAUCCAUGGCUGCUUGCUCGUUAAGAGAACAUCAGUUGGAAACAAACAUGUAAUGAUUCGGCUGUUUGUCCAUGAGGUAUUUCGUGUCUUCUAUGACCGUCUAGUGGAAGACAAUGACAGAGCCUGGUUGUUCAAUUUAAUGAAAGGUGUUGUGAAAGAACAUUUCAAAGAAGCAUUUGAUUCAGUUUUUGAACACCUGACACAAGGAAACACACCUGUAACAGAAGAAAACAUGAGAAGUUUGUUUUUUGGUGACUACAUGAUUCCAGAACUUGAGGGAGAUGAAAGACUUUAUGUUGAAAUUCCAAAUGUUCAGCAGUUUGGUGAUGUUGUGGAGCAAUGUCUGGAUGAAUAUAACCAAACCCACAAAUCAAGAAUGAAUCUUGUUGUUUUCAGGUACAUGUUGGAACACUUGUCUCGUAUAAGCCGCAUUCUGAAGCAGUCAGGGGGUAAUGCUUUGUUGAUUGGAAUGGGAGGAAGUGGACGUCAGUCUUUGACUCGUCUAGCAGGAUUCAUGUCAAAAAUGUGUGUUUUUCAACCUGAGAUUUCUAAGACCUAUGGUACAAAUGAGUGGAGAGAAGAUCUGAAAAAUCUUCUGAGGAAUGCAGGUGUAAAAGGCUUGAAAACCGUAUUUAUACUCACAGAUGCACAAAUUAAAGAAGAAAGCUUUUUAGAAGAUAUUGACAGUGUCCUCAAUACUGGGGAGGUACCCAAUAUUUUUGCAGCAGAUGAAAAACAAGAGGUUGUAGAGGGUGUUCGUGCAAGAGUCCAGGCUGGCAGUAAACAGGAGGAACUCAGUCCCUUAGCCUUGUUUGCACUUUUUGUGAACUUCUGCAAAGAAAAUCUCCACAUUGUGGUAGCAUUUAGCCCAAUUGGAGAUGCUUUCCGCAACCGUCUGAGACAGUUUCCAUCACUCAUCAACUGCUGUACUAUUGAUUGGUUCCAGCCAUGGCCUGAAGAUGCCCUUGAACGUGUGGCUAAUAAAUUCUUAGAAACAAUUCAGUUCACAGAUAGUGAACGUCAGGAAAUUGUACCCAUCUGUAAAUACUUUCAUACUUCAGUUUUGUCACUCUCUGCAAGGUUUUUGCAAAGUCUGGGACGCCAUAAUUAUGUUACUCCUACUUCUUAUCUUGAGCUUAUUGCUGUGUUUCGGAAGCUUCUUACUCAGAAACGAGACGCUGUAAUGAAAGCCAAAAAGAAGUACAUAAAUGGACUAGAUAAGCUAGCUUUUGCUGAAUCACAGGUUGGUGAGAUGAAACAAGAACUAGUUCAGCUGCAGCCCAAACUGGAAGAGGCUAAAGUGGAUAAUGCAAAAAUGAUGAAGACUAUAGAAGUAGAAUCUGCACAAGUAGAACAAAAAAGAAAAAUUGUAAAAGUAGAUGAAGAAAUUGCUACAGCAAAAGCUGAAGAAGCUCAGGCAUUGAAAAAUGAAUGUGAGAGUGACCUGGCAGAGGCAAUCCCAGCCCUGGAGGCCGCACUUGAAGCUCUUAAUACUUUGAAGCCUUCUGAUAUAUCAAUUGUCAAAUCAAUGAAAAAUCCUCCGUCUGGUGUCAAACUUGUCAUGGCUGCUGUCUGUGUCAUGAAAGACAUAAAACCUCACAGAAUUCCAGAUCCUUCAGGAACAGGAGGCAAGAUUCUGGAUUACUGGACUCCAAGCAAGAAACUGCUUGGUGACAUAAAUUUCUUAAAGGAUUUGAAAGAGUAUGACAAGGACAAUAUUCCAGCAGCUAUCAUGCAGAAGAUUCGGACUGAAUACUUGACUAAUCCUGAGUUUGAUCCACAAAAGGUGGCUAAAGCUUCCUCAGCAGCAGAGGGUUUAUGCAAAUGGAUUACAGCGAUGGAGGUGUAUGACAGGGUGGCAAAGGUGGUUGCACCCAAGAAGGCUCGUCUAAAAGAGGCACAGCAGUCCUUAGGAGAGACCCUGGCACUCUUGAAUCAGAAGAGAGAAGAACUUGCAGAAGUUGAAAGUGAUUUGGCUGCUUUGGAACAAAACUUCUCUGAGAAAACUGAAGAAAAGGCUCGUUUAGAAUUCCAGGUUGAUCUGUGUGCUAAAAAACUAGAACGAGCAGAGAAGUUGAUUGGAGGCCUUGGUGGAGAGAAAUCAAGAUGGAAUAAUGCUGCAAAUGAUCUCCAAGAUGUAUAUGAUAAUUUAACAGGAGAUGUUCUGAUAUCAGCUGGUGUGAUAGCAUAUCUGGGAGCUUUUACUGCUGGAUUUCGACAGGACUGUACCAGAGAUUGGAGCAAACUGUGCAAG